CCUUUUUAUUUUUCUAUCACAAAUGUACCGUGAUUGAACAUACACUAUCGCACAGUAGGUGGCGGCAUGCACAAACAAACAUGUGCGAACUCCAUGAUACCCAAGAAGAAGAAGAAGCAGAAGAAGCAGAAGAAGAAAACAUCUCUAACUGGGGUAAAGGCCACUUUGCCUCUUUCAUGCCGUGGCCAGCAGCUGUUUGACACAUUGUUUCCGGCUAGUUUUAGCAAAGUUGGAACCGGUCUUGCUCCUGAACUGAACUGAAUUGAAUAGUCCGUUCACAUACUCUGCAUUAAAAACACAUCUGCAGAGAAAUCUGACGAUUCAGAAUGUUGCAAAACACAGGGUAAGUAACGUCAGCUAGCUAGCCCGCUAACGUUAGCCUCUUGGCUACAUAACAUAGUUGUCUAGUUUUCUCCUUCAAGCUUUUCGUAGAUUAAGUCGGUGGCUGAUUACUUUGCAUGUAACUAAUUAGCUAAGCUGUGAGCAAAACAUAUGACGAGCAUUACGAAAUACUUUUGUCCAGAACUUUGCACAAGCUGUGUUGAAAUGUGGUUAACCAGGGUUAGCUUAUAAGCAGGUCAGCUGGCUACGCAGUCCAGCCAGCCAGACAGUGAACUUUUCUGUUUGUCUUUCACACGCAUGAUCUUAUCCUGUACAUAUCACCGUUACAAUGUGUACCUACUAGUUAUGUAACGUUAGCUAUGUAUUUCAAACAGCUAGACUGAGAUUGAUUUGACUGGUUGUAAACUUAGCAGGUAUUGUAUCAUGUCACACAAAGAUCUGAUGGGGAGGGAGUGAGAUUCAGGGUAAAGGUCACUGGAGUGAAACAGACCAGGCCGGGGUUUGGGGUUUGAGAAGUCAAUGAGAGAAUUAAAAAAUAUAUAUUCCUUAGUAGUACAUUUUCUCGAAAUCUAAAGGCACAACCUAGAUUCGACCCAAUGUCUUAAGCAGUUGAACAUGUUAUUACUCCAACCUCGUGAAAGUGACAAACUGACACGUUUUAAUUUUAGUCAAAAAACUACUUUUAUAUCGUCUUUGAUUUGACGGGCCUGCACAUGCGCACUUCGGCGAGAGACGACCUUAACGUGUUUCUGCGCAUGAGCAGUGGUAGCCAAAGUCGCCCAUGACAUCGCCUACAAGUGUGAUCGGGGAUUUGUAUUGAAGAAGCAGUUUUGGCACAUCUUCAUACUGUACUGUCUUUGAUAACACCUCCUCGUCGUUGAAUGAAUGACCUCGUCGUAUUAUGCUAAAUUGUUCCUGGUCCUUGAGUUCUAGCCAGAGUGACCAUCUCUUUGUGCUAUCAUGCCAGCUCCUUUGCUGUCAUUGUCAAGACACUUUUUUUUUUUUUUUUAUGUUUGGCAAACAGCUCCUGAGUGGCGCAGUGGUCUAAGGCACUGCAUCACAGUGCUAACUGUGCCACUAGAGAUCCUGGUUCGAAUCCAGGCUCUGUCGCAGCCGGCCGCGACCGGGAGACUCAUGGGCGGCGCACAAUUGGCCCAGCGUCGUCCAGGGUAGGGGAGGGAAUGGCCGGCAGGGAUGUAGCUCAGUUGAUAGAGCAUGGCGUUUGCAACGCCAGGGUUGUGGGUUCGAUUCCCAUGUGGGGCCAGUAUAAAAAAAUUAAUAAUGUAUUCACUAACUGUAAGUCGCUCUGGAUAAGAGCGUCUGCUAAAUGAGUAAAAUGUACAUGUAAAUGUAAACAGACUGGCACUCAGGCAACUUGAAUUGAAUGAAUGAAUUGUGUUAAAAUCAGUUAUAUGGAACCCAACCCAACCCAGGUAGACUCUUGGUAGAGUUCCACAUGUUGCUUUCACUAAUUGAGGAGACAAGGAUGGAAUUACCUCCCGGAAGGUGUUCCGUAUGGAUUUAUGCUUGAUCUUCUCAUUUCCUACAUCCUGACCUAUGUAGUACAAUCUAGUGGCAGCAACAGUCCUGAACCUAGCCUCCUAGCCUGCAGAACAACUAGUGGCAGCGACAGUCCUGAACCUAGCCUCCUAGCCUGCAGAACAACCUAAUCUAGUGGCAGCGACAGUCCUGAACCUAGCCUCCUAGCCUGCAGAACAACUAGUGGCAGUGACAGUCCUGAACCUAGCCUCCUAGCCUGCAGAACAACCUAAUCUAGUGGCAGCAACAGUCCUGAACCUAGCCUCCUAGCCUGCAGAACAACUAGUGGCAGUGACAGUCCUGAACCUAGCCUCCUAGCCUGCAGAACAACCUAAUCUAGUGGCAGCAACAGUCCUGAACCUAGCCUCCUAGCCUGCAGAACAACCUAAUCUAGUGGCAGCAACAGUCCUGAACCUAGCCUCCUAGCCUGCAGAACAACUAGUGGCAGUGACAGUCCUGAACCUAGCCUCCUAGCCUGCAGAACAACCUAAUCUAGUGGCAGCAACAGUCCUGAACCUAGCCUCCUAGCCUGCAGAACAACCUAAUCUAGUGGCAGCGACAGUCCUGAACCUAGCCUCCUAGCCUGCAGAACAACUAGUGGCAGCGACAGUCCUGAACCUAAGCCUCCUAGCCUGCAGAACAACCUAAUCUAGUGGCAGCGACAGUCCUGAACCUAGCCUCCUAGCCUGCAGAACAACUAGUGGCAGCGACAGUCCUGAACCUAGCCUCCUAGCCUGCAGAACAACUAGUGGCAGCGACAGUCCUGAACCUAGCCUCCUAGCCUGCAGAACAACUAGUGGCAGCAACAGUCCUGAACCUAGCCUCCUAGCCUGCAGAACAACCUAAUCUAGUGGCAGCAACAGUCCUGAACCUAGCCUCCUAGCCUGCAGAACAACCUAAUCUAGUGGCAGCGACAGUCCUGAACCUAGCCUCCUAGCCUGCAGAACAACCUAAUCUAGUGGCAGCGACAGUCCUGAACCUAGCCUCCUAGCCUGCAGAACCAACAGUCCUGAACCUAGCCUAGCCUAGCCUCCUAGCCUGCAGAACCAACAGUCCUGGACCUAGCCUAGCCUAGCCUCCUAGCCUGCAGAACAACCUAUUCCUUUGCUGUGUGUGAAUUACAGAAAGCUAGCGGGACAAACCCUGUUCAUUACAGGGGCAAGUCGUGGGAUUGGGAAAGCCAUCGCACUUAAAGCUGCCAGGGACGGUGCCAAUGUCGUCAUAGCCGCUAAAACCGCACAGGCCCACCCCAAACUACCUGGAACCAUCUACACAGCUGCAGAAGAAAGUAAGUACAGCUUGACUUUAGCUUUUUUUUUUUUUGUUUAUUAUGGCUUUAAGCUUAAAAUGCCUCCUGUAGCUCAGUUGGUAGAGCGUGGCGCUUGCAACGCCAGGGUUGCGGGAUCGAUUCCCACGGGAGGGGCCAGUAUGAAAAAUUUAUGCACUCACUAACUGUAAGUCGCUCUGGAUAAGAGCGUCUGCUAAAUGACUAAAAAUGUAAAAUGUAAAUGUAAAACACAAAAUGUUCACAGUUUUGACCGUCCUUUGACAUGUUUCUCACCCUUUAGUCCAUCCCAGUUUACAUUCUUGAGCUUCACGACUGCUGAAGUAUGUGAUAAUAAGUACAUUGGUAUGUGUUGCUUAUUCCUGUGUGUGUUGCUAGUCGAGGCAUUGGGAGGCAAAGCGUUGCCUUGUAUCGUAGACGUCAGAGAUGAGAAGCAGAUUGGAGAUGCAGUGGAACAGGCCGUGCAGAUGUUUGGAGGUGAGCAACAACAACAACAACAACAACAACAACAAGCCCCAAAUGAAUGGAAACGAUAAGCACAGAAUAACCAAGAUAAUCAGUCAAUUAGACGGUGUUUAAUAUCGGUUAACACAGAACUAAAGUAUUGCGUAAUUGGUUGUCUGCUCCAUUAAAGUUCUGGGUCCAUACGUUUUUAGAAGGGAUUAAGUUCUGCUAGAACCAGGAGCUCCACCCUCUCUGCAAGUUACAGGCCGAAUGAUCCCCUUCCCAAAUUCAAAAUAUGCCAAUACCUGCGAAAUCGUGAUUUGUCCAAAUUUAAAUAAGUGACGAAAAACUCGGAACAUCGGAACUACUGCUGCUCGCUAGCCAACGCGUUCUGUUCUUUCCUGACCAAUUCUACUGUACCAGUUAUGUUUACGUAGAUCUGUCCAUGAGAUUAAACUGUGCUUAUAUUUUAUAUUUUAAUAUAUUUUAUAUUUUAUUAUAUUUUAUAUUUAUUGUGGUUUAGGUGUAUAGCUGGAUCUAUAUGUCGUGGGACGUGAUCUCGUCUUGAAAUUAGUCUACUUUUGGAGGUCUGAAAAACAUCUGACAGACUUUCAUUUCUGAAUAAAAUGUCCCUUUAACAUGAUACGUCUGUGUCCAGGUAUUGAUAUCCUGGUGAACAAUGCCAGUGCCAUUAACCUGACGGGAACCCUGGAGACGCCCAUGAAGAAAGUGGACCUUAUGCUGGGGGUCAACCUCAGAGGAACCUAUCUGACGUGAGUUCAUUGGCCAAAACAUACUAAACAGGAUGGCUGGGUCAACUAGGCCUGCAUCUAUGUAACCUUUUGAUUGUGUGCUAUUUGCAGUCUUGAUUUCUUCUAGAAAACUCUUUAAGUAUUGGUAUUGGUAGCCUAGCGGUUAGAAGAGAGCCAGCAACCGGAGGGAUUGCCGGUUUGAAUACCGGGUCUGGUGGAUAUCAGCUUAGUACCUUUGUAAUACAGGAAUAUCAGUUGACUACCUACAGUGAGGGAAAAACAGUAUUUGAUCCCCUGCUGAUUUUGUACGUUUGCCCACUGACAAAGAAAUGAUCAGUCUGUAAUUUUAAUGGUAGGUUUAUUUGCUACAGUGAGAGACAGAAUAGCAACAAAAAAAUCCAGAAAAAUGCAUGUCAAAAAUGUUAUGAAUUGAUUUGCAUUUUAAUGAGGGAAAUAAGUAUUUGACCCCUCUGCAAAACAUGACUUAGUACUUGGUGGCAAAACCCUUGUUGGCAAUCACAGAGGUCAGACGUUUCUUGUAGUUGGCCACCAGGUUUGCACACAUCUCAGGAGGGAUUUUGUUCCACUCCUCUUUGCAGAUCUUCUCCAAGUCAUUAAGGUUUCGAGGCUGACGUUUGGCAUCUCGAACCUUCAGCUCCCUCCACAGAUUUUCUAUGGGAUUAAGGUCUGGAGACUGGCUAGGCCACUCCAGGACCUUAAUGUGCUUCUUCUUGAGCCACUCCUUUGUUGCCUUGGCCGUGUGUUUUGGGUCAUUGUCAUGCUGGAAUACCCAUCCACGACCCAUUUUCAAUGCCCUGGCUGAGGGAAGGAGAUUCUCACCCAAGAUUUGACGGUACAUGCCCCGUCCAUUGUCUCUUUGAUGCAGUGAAGUUGUCCUGUCCCCUUAGCAGAAAAACACCCCCAAAGCAUAAUCUUUCCACCUCCAUGUCCAAACUUCAGACGGGCAUGUAUAUGUGCUUUCUUGAGCAGGGGGACCUUGAAGGCGCUGCAGGAUUUCAGUCCUUCACGGCGUAGUGUGUUACCAAUUGUUUUCUUGGUGACUAUGGUCCCAGCUGCCUUGAGAUCAUUGACAAGAUCCUCCCGUGUAGUUCUGGGCUGAUUCCUCACCGUUCUCAUGAUCAUUGCAACUCCACGAGGUGAGAUCUUGCAUGGAGCCCCAGGCCGAGGGAGAUUGACAGUUAUUUUGUGUUUCUUCCAUUUGCGAAUAAUCGCACCAACUGUUGUCACCUUCUCACCAAGCUGCUUGGCGAUGGUCUUGUAGCCCAUUCCAGCCUUGUGUAGGUCUACAAUCUUGUCCCUGACAUCCUUGGAGAGCUCUUUGGUCUUGGCCAUGGUGGAGAGUUUGGAAUCUGAUUGAUUGCUUCUGUGGACAGGUGUCUUUUAUACAGGUAACAAGCUGAGAUUAGGAGCACUCCCUUUAAGAGUGUGCUCCUAAUCUCAGCUCGUUACCUGUAUAAAAGACACCUGGGAGCCAGAAAUCUUUCUGAUUGAGAGGGGGUCAAAUACUUAUUUCCCUCAUUAAAAUGCAAAUCAAUUUAUAACAUUUUUGACAUGCGUUUUUCUGGAUUUUUUUGUUGUUAUUCUGUCUCUCACUGUUCAAAUAAACCUACCAUUAAAAUUAUAGACUGAUCAUGUCUUUGUCAGUGGGCAAACGUACAAAAUCAGCAGGGGAUCAAAUACUUUUUUCCCUCACUGUAUGUAAUACAGGAAUAUCAGCUGACUACCUUUGUAAUACAGAAAUAUCAGCUGACUACCUUUGUAAUACAGGGAUAUCAGCUUGUAACUGUUUUGACUUGACUUGAGGUUAGUAGGGGUGCCAGGUAGGUCAUGCCUACCAGAGAAAAGUUUGAUUUCUCCUUUUAUUUUGUGAGUUGGUCACAUAUGUCAGUGAAGUCUACACCAAGGAAAAUAAACUUUCCAUAAACCCUUCAAAACAUUAGAAAUAACUUCAAAACAACUGUUUUUGCGUUGGUUGUAUUACCAAAAUAAAUGAUCAUACACAAUAACAUCAAAAUAAUAUCUUAGGUUCACCUGUAAAUGUCCCGUACCGGUAAAUGUCCCGUACCGGUAAAUGUCCCGUACCGGUAAAUGUCCCGUACCGGUAAAUGGUUGAGUGAACCCAACUGACCUCAGUCACGCAAUUGUCCAUUCAUAAAGUAACACCGGUCUCAUUCAUACAAUCAGAUUGCAAUAAACUCCUGUUCCACACACAAUAAAGGUUAUCAGAAAUCUCAGUAAUCUUCACCUACAACUAAACACAUAAACCAACACGGUGUAAAUCACGUUAAAACAAAUGAAAUACCGUUUGUAGUCAGUGGGACAGUCAGUCAAUCCAAUCCGCCAAAACAGAUCUCCAGUGGAGAAAGGCCACGGCGGAGACCAACGGAGAUAAGUAGUCCAACAAUAUAAAUGAGUAGAUCCGAUCCUCUCGCGACGCGGCUAUAAAGCCCACUUUUUAAAUGUAACGAAACAAACGGAGUAAAGGAGCUUCGGAACUGAGGGUUGAAACUUCCUCAUUUGCACCACUUCCUCUUUUGCACCCCAACGUUUGCGCAGCUGAUGCUGGCUAUUUAAUAGGGAAUUAAAGGGGACGCGCCCCUUUGGGAGGAGAAGCACUGAGACGGUUCAGACAAAUUUGGGGCCAUCACACACCCCCUGGAAAAUCCGACCAAUGCCAUGGAAGGCACAUAUUGGUCUGGGAAACCGAGAAAAGUUUCCUCACUUUCCUCCUCGAAGAUAUUCAUGACUUUGCGGUGUUCACUCUCCUCAGCUGAGGGGUAACGGGCCUUCAAGUGUGAGACUUCUGGGUCUGGGAAUACGAGAAAAGUCUCCAUCACUUUCCUCUUCGAAGAUAUUCAGGACCUUACGCUGCUCAAUCUCCUCCAAUUCCUCAGCCAAGGGGUAACGAGCCUUAAGGCGUGAGACAUGGACAACGCACAUACAGUUGAAGUCGGAAGUUCACAUACACUUAGGUUGGAGUCAUUAAAACUAGUUUUUCAACCACUCCACACAUUUCUUGUUAACAAACUAUAGUUUUGGCAAGUCGGUUAGGACAUCUACUUUGUGCAUGACACAAGUAAUUUUUCCAACAAUUGUUUACAGACAGAUUAUUUCACUUAUAAUUCACUGUAUCACAAUUCCAGUGGGUCAGAAGAUUACAUACACUAAGUUGACUGUGCCUUUAAACAGCUUGGAAAAUUCCAGAAAAUGAUGUCAUGGCUUUAGAAGCUUCUGAUAGUCAAUUGGAGGUGUACCUGUGGAUAUAUUUCAAGGCCUACCUUCAAACUCAGUGCCUCUUUGCUUGACAUCAUGGGAAAAUCAAAAGAAAUCAGCCAAAAUCUUAUAGAACAUUUGUGGGCAGAACUGAAAAAGCGUGUGCGAGCAAGGAGGCCUACAAACCUGACUCAGUUACACCAGCUCUGUCAGGAGGAAUGGGCCAAAAUUCACCCAACUUAUUGUGGGAAGCUUGUGGAAGGCUACCCGGAACGUUUGACCCAAGUUAAACAAUUUAAAAGCAAUGCUACCAAAUACUAAUUGAGUGUAUGGUAAACUUCUGACCCACUGGGAAUGUGAUGAAAGAAAUAAAAGCGGAAAUAAAUCAUUCUCUUUUUAAAUAUAUUUGGCUAAGGUGUAUGUAAACUUCUUAUCUUCACCUGUGUCCUCCUUCACCGCUCGGUAGUUCAGAGGGACCAUCUGGUCGUUGCCGUAGGAGCAAGCUUGGCCGAGAAUAACUUUUCAGCUUUUAAGUACGGAUGGGAGCGUAGCAACACCCGAUCACUGACCUGGAAGUAGCAAUGGAGCCGGAGGGGAUGGAAGCCGUUUUACGGGCUCCAAUUGUGCUAUUCUGUGUUUUUUCGCGGCGUUUGCUACUUUGUUUCUGCCACCGUCUCCUAUGACUGAAAAAUAGCUUCUGAACAUCAGAACAGCGAUUACUCACCCUGGACUGGACGAAUAUUUUUUCUUUUAACGAAUCAGAAGGCAAAAUAUAUACGGCUCCUCCCGGACCAGGCCCAAAUCCCGUCAUUCGCAUGAAGAGGAGAAACUGAUACAGGGGUGCAGAUCCGGGGUGCUUGGUGAGAAUUUGUCGGCGAGUGGAUAAUCCUCCUUUUACCAUCCGUCCGUCUGGCGAACCUGCAAUCACUGGAGAAUAAACUGGAUGAGCUCCGUUCCAGAAUAUCCUACCAAUGGGACAUUUUAAACUGUAAUAUCUUAUGUCGUGGCUGAACAAGGACAUGGAUAAUAUACAGUUGGCUGGGUUUUCAGCAAGACGGAACCGCAACCUCCGGUGAGACAGACGGAACCGCAACCUCCGGUGAGACGAGGGGUGGUGGUUUUUGUGUCUCUUUGUCAACAACAGCUGGUGCGCGAUCUCUAAGUGUUGUGGGUUUGAUUCCCACGGGGGGGCAGUAUGAAAAAUAAAUAUAAAAUAAUGUAUGCACUCACUAACUGUAAGUCGCUCUGGAUAAGAGCGUCUGCUAAAUGACUAAAAUGUAAAAAUUUAAUAUUAAGGAAGUCUCAAGGUGUUUUCUCACCUGAGGUAGAAUACCUCAUGAUAAGCUGUAGACCACACUAUUUACCAAGAGUUUAUCAAUUUUUUCGUAGCUGUCUAUUUACCACCACAAACUGAUGCAGGCACUAAGACCGCACUCAACGAGCUUUAAGGCCAUAAGCAAACGAGAAUGUUGAAUGAAUGAACACAGAAGCGGCGCUCCUAGUACUUUAAUGCAGGGAAACUUAAACCCUUUUUACUUAAAAAAACAUCAAUACAUUUUAGCUAAUUUCUACCAGCAUGUCACGUGCAACCAGAACAACAACAACAAAAAAACUCUAGACCAUCUUUACUCCACACACAGAGACGUGUACAAAGCUCUCCCUCGCCCUCCAUUUGGCAAAUGUGACCAUAAUUCUAUCCUCCUGAUUCCUGCUUACAAGCACAAACUAAAGCAGGAAGUACCAGUGACUCGCUCAAUACGGAAGUGGUCCGAUGAUGCAGAUGCUACGCUACAGGACUGUUUUGCUAUCACAGACUGGAAUAUGUUCCGGGAUUCAUCCGAUGGCAUUGAGGAGUACACCACAUCAGUCACUGGCUUCAUCAAUAAGUGCGUCGAUGAUGUCGUCCCCACAGUGACCUCAUACCCCAACCAGAAGCCAUGGAUUACAGGCAACACCCGCACUGAGCUAAAGGCUAGAGCUGCCGCUUUCAAGGAGCGGGACACUAAUCCGGAUGCUUAUAAGAAAUCCCGCUAUGCCCUGAGACGAACCAUCAAACAGGCAAAGAGUCAAUACAGGACUAAGAUCGAAUCCUACUACACUGGCUCUGACGCUCGUCGGAUGUGGCAGGGCUUGCAAACGAUUAAAGAUUACAAUCGGAAACCCUGUCGCGAGCUGCCCAGUUACGCGAGCCUACCAGACAAACUAAAUGCCUUCAAUGCUCACUUCGAGGCAAGCAACACUGAACCAUGCAUGAGAGCACCAGCUGUUCCGGACGACUGUGUGAUCACGCUCACCGUAUCCGAUGUGAGUAAGACCUUUUAAACAGGUUAACUUUCACAAGGCUGCAAGGCCAGACGGAUUGCCAGGAUGCGUACUCGGAGCAUGCGCUGAACAACUGGCAAGUGUCUUCACUAACAAUUUCAACCUCUCCCUGACCGAGUCUGUAAUACCUACAUGUUUUAAGCAGACCACCAUAGUCCCUGUGCCCAAGAAGGCCAAGGUAACCUGCCUAAAUGACUACCGCCAUGUGGCACUCACGUCUGUAGCCAUGAAGGGCUUUGAAAGGCUGGACAUGGCUCACAUCAACACCAUCAUCCCAGAAACCCUAGACCCACUACAAUUUGCAUACCGCCCCAACAGAUCCACAGAUUACGCAAUCUCCUUUGCACUCCACAUUAACCUUUCCCACCUGGACCAAAUGAACACCUACGUGAGAAUGCUAUUCAUUGAUUACAGCGUUCAACACCAUAGUGCCCUCAAAGCUCAUCACAGCUAAGGACCCUGGGAUUAAACACCUCCCUCUGCAACUGGAUUCUGGACUUCCUGAUGGCAUGCCCCCAGGUGUUGUAACAUCUGCCACGCUGAUCCUCAACACGGGGGCCUCUCAGGGGUGCGUGCUUAGUCCCCUCCUGUACUCCCUGUUCACCCACGACUGCUUGGCCACGCAUGACUCCAACACCAUCAUUAAGUUUGCAGACGACACGACGGUGGUAGGCCUGAUCAUUGACAACGAUGAGACAGCCUAUAGAGAGGAGGUCAGAGACCUGGCCGUGUGGUGCCAGGAUAACAACCUCUCCCUCAACGUGAUCAAGACAAAGGAGCUGAUCGUGGACUACAGGAAAAGGGGGGCCGAGCACGCCCCCAUUCUCAUCGACGGGGCUGUAGUGGAACAGGUUGAGAGCUUCUAGUUCCUUGGCGUCCACAUCACUAACAAACUAUCAUGGUCCAAACACACCAAGACAGUCGUGAAGAGGGCAUGACAACGCCUAUUCCCCUCAGGAGACAGAAAAUAUUUGGCAUGGGUCCCCAGAUCCUCAAAAAGUUUGACAGCUGCACCAUAGAGAGCAUCCUGACUGGUUGCAUCACCGCUUGGUAUGGCAACUGCUCGGCAUCCGACCUCAAGGCGCUACAGAGGGUAGUGGGUACGGCCCAGUACAUCACUGGGGCCCGAGCUUCCUGUCAGAGGAAGGUCCUAAAAAUUGUCACACAUUCCAGCCACCCUAGUCAUAGACUAUUCUCUCUGCUGUUGCACGGCAAGCGGUACCGGAGUGCCAAAUCUAGGUCCAAAAGGCUCCUUAACAGCUUCUACCCCCAAGCCAUAAGACUCCUAAACAGUUAAUCAAAUGGCCACCCGGACUAUUUGCAUUGACCCCCCCCCCCCCCCCCCCCCCCCCCCCCUACGUUACUGCGACUCUCUGUUUAUUAUUAUCCAUAGUCUCUUUACCCCUACCCACAUGGACGUAUUACCUGGACUAACCUGUACCCUCACACGUUGUCUGGGUACCUGUAUAUAGCCUCGUUAUUACCUGGUACUUCCUGUAUAUAGCCUCGUUAUUACCUGGUACUUCCUGUAUAUAGCCUCGUUAUUACCUGGUACUUCCUGUAUAUAGCCUCGUUAUUACCUGGUACUUCCUGUAUAUACCCUCGUUAUUGUUAUUUUAUUGUGUUACUUUUUAUUUUAUUUUUCGUUAUUUGAUUGUUCCUUUUUUUCGGUCCACCACAUCUGGAUUAUUCCAACAGCCUUAACUCCUCUGGCUGUUCCAGCUGAGCUCUUCUUAUAGCCUGUAAAAGGACAUCAUCAGCAGGAUUACCAGGGGCUAGCUGUACCGGAGGAUUACCAGGGGCUAGCUGUACCGGAGGAUUACCAGGGGCUAGCUGUACCGGAGGAUUACCAGGGGCUAGCUGUACCGGAGGAACGGCAGAGAAGACUGCCGCACUUGGACCCCAAUCAUAUAACUUCGUAGUUUCUGCUUGGAAGACAUGCUUCUUGCUCUGUGUGGAAACCAGUAGCAAUUGUGUGCCAUGUCAAUCUGGACACCACUGAAGUACAUGAAAUCAAUUCCCAGGUUACGACAGGUUACACAGGCGGAACUCCAUCCGACGACAAUGUUUCAACCUGAUGAAGACCUAAUGGUUGAAAAUGUCUUUGCAAUAAACUUUUUUUUCCAACUUGACUAAUAAACACUUCUGUCUUUUUCCAAGUUAAUUUUGUCUCAAUGUAUUUGUGCUUUUUUUCUUUUUAUUCUGACUUUAGAUUGACGUGAGCAUGCUUUUAAUAUUUUUAACCUGUAUAUUGGUUCAACCCUCCUGAAGAAGCCUGUAUCUUGGUUGAACCCUCCUGAAGAAGCCUUUCUGAAUAAUGUCAUUCUGAAUUGUUUUCCCAGGUCUAAACUGUGCAUCCCACAUCUGUUGAAGAGCAAAAACCCUCACAUCCUCAACCUCAGCCCACCGCUUAACCUUAACCCCAUCUGGUUCAAAAACCACUCAGGUAAGGAAGGCUUCAUCGCUGUCUGGCUGAGGCCUUCUUCCCAAAGUGUGCACUUCCCUUCACUGAUUUUAAAAGGAAAAUGGCGGGUAUAAGAAAUAUGGUGGUAACUCCCUCUAGCCCCCCUGCCUCCACCAAUCCAAUGCUUUUAGAUUUGUGGGAUGUAGUGAACAAGUGUACACUUCAGGAGAAAGGAGAGAUUGUUGGGACUCACCCUCUAUGUUUUCUAUGCACCGAGAAAGAUCUUGUUUUCAAAAUCACCGACUUGUGUUUUAACCUGUUCUUCUUUUUUUUUGAUGGUUCCCUUUAGCAUACACAAUGGCCAAGUAUGGCAUGUCCAUGUGUGUUCUGGGCAUGGCUGAGGAGUUCAGAGGGUCCAUCGCUGUCAAUGCCUUAUGGCCCAAGACGGGUACGUGUUGAACGAUGCCAUUCCACCGUAUAACCAGUUUUAACGACCCAGAGUAGACAUGAGCAGACUAGUUUGUCAGUUAAAUGUCACUUUGUCAUCUGGAAUCGUAUCAGUGCUUUCUAAAUAACUUCCUAUGUGCAAUACAUAUCUAUUUUGAAGUAAUCGAAUAAAACUCAUUAUAAAACUUUAUUUCUUCCCUGAAUGUUGCGCCCUCUCCUCCAGCCAUCCAGACUGCUGCUAUGGACAUGCUGGGGGGCGCGGAUGUGGGUAAGCAGUGUCGUAAAGUUGACAUCAUGUCAGACGCAGCCUACGCCAUCUUCAGUAAGCCUCCCAGCUACACCGGGAACUUUGUCAUCGACGAGGAAAUUCUGAAGACCGAGGGCAUUAAAGACUUCGACAUAUACGCCGUGGCUCCAGGUACAGUAGACCUAGUGGAGACGUACAGUUAAAGUCGGAAGUUCACAUAGACUUAGGUCGGAGUCAUUAAAACCCGUUUUUCAACCACUCCACACAUUUCUUGUUAACAAACUAUAGUUUUGGCAAGUCGGCUUUGUGCAUGACACAAGUAAUUUUUCCAACAAUUGUUUACAGACAGAUUAUUUCACUUAUAAUUCACUGUAUCACAAUUCCAGUGGGUCAGAAGUUUACAUACACUAAGUUGACUGUGUCUUUUAAACAGCUUGGAAAAUUCCAGAAAAUGAUGUCAUGGCUUUAGAAGCUUCUGAUAGGCUAAUUGACAUCAUUUGAGUCAAUUGGAGGUGUGCCUGUGGAUGUAUUUCAAGGCCUACCUUCAAACUCAGUGCCUCUUUGCUUGACAUCAUGGGAAAACCAAAAGAAAUCAGACAAGACCUCAGAAAAAAAUUGUAGACCUCCACAAGUCUGGUUCAUCCUUGGGAGCAAUUUCCAAACGCCUGAAGGUACCACGUUCAUCUGUACAAACAAUAGUACGCAAGUAUAAAGACCAUGGGACCACGCAGCCGUCAUACCGCUCAGGAAGGAGACGCGUUCUGUCUCCUAGAGAUUAACAUACUUUGGUGCGAAAAGUGCAAAUCAAUCCCAGAACAGCAAAGGACCUUGUGAAGAUGCUGGAGGAAACAGGUACAAAAGUAGCUAUAUCCACAGUAAAACAAGUCCUAUAUCGACAUACCCUGAAAGGCCGCUCAGCAAGGAAGAAGCCACUGCUCCAAAACCGCCAUAAAAAGACAGACUACGGUUUGCAACUGCACAUGGGGACAAAGAGCAUACCUUUUGGAGAAAUGUCCUCUGGUCUGAUGAAACACAAAUAGAAUUGUUUGGCCAUAAUGACCAUCGUUAUGUUUGGAGGAAAAAGGGGGGGCCUUGCAAGCCGAAGAACACCAUCCCAACCGUGAAACACGGGGGUGGCAGUAUCAUGCUGUGGGGGUGCUUUGCUGCAGGAGGGACUGGUGCACUUCACAAAAUAGAUGACAUCAUGAGGAAGGAAAAUUAUGUGGAUAUAUUGAAGCAACAUCUCAAGACAUCAGUCAGGAAUUUAAAGCUUGGUCGCAAAUGGGUCUUCCAAAUGGACAAUGACCCCAAGCAUACUUCCAAAGUUGUGGCAAAAUGUUUUAAGGACGACAAAGUCAAGGUAUUGGAGUGGCCAUCACAAAGCCCUGACCUCAAUCCUAUAGAACAUUUGUGGGCAGAACUGAAAAAGUGCGAGCAAGGAGGCCUACAAACCUGACUCAGUUACACCAGCUCUGUCAGGAGGAAUGGGCCAAAAUUCACCCAACUUAUUGUGGGAAGCUUGUGGAAGGCUACCCAAAACGUUUGACCCAAGUUAAACAAUUUAAAGGCAAUGCUACCAAAUACUAAUUGAGUGUAUGUAAACUUCUGACCCACUGGCAAUGUGAUGAAAGAAAUAAAAGCUGAAAUAAAUCAUUCUCUCUACUAUUAUUCUGACAUUUCACAUUCUUAAAAUAAAGUGGUGAUCCUAACUGACCUAAGACAGGGAAUUUUUACUAGGAUUAAAUGUCAGGAAUUGUGAAACACUGAGUUUUUAAAUGUAUUUGGCUAAGGUGUAUGUAAACUUCCGACUUCAACUGUAUGUGCACAGUGAUGUGAGGUUAAACAUAGAAUUUUACGUAACAGCCUGAUGAAGUAGUCCUUCCACUUGAUCUCUAGUGUCAUUUUAAUAACUCCCUAGAGUCUAUUGAUGCACUGGUGCGUCAAUAUAAGUUACAUAAUUUAAAAAUCCCCAUCUAAAUCAGUCAGUUUAAGCUAGAGAUACCUGUGUUUUUGCAUUGGAUGCGUCUCAAUCCACCGCAUCCGCCUAUGGCGGCCUUCCAAUCAUCUUUAGUGGAAGGUGACCGAGCUACAGAGGUGUUUGUCAGACCAUGAGAUGUCCCGAAAAUCAGUUUGGCCUAUAAACCACUCUAUGGAAAGAUCCGACUCUCACGAACACGAUGGUGGUCUCCAUCUUGUUCUACGACCCCCACAGGUGUCACGGGACUCGUCUGACGGUAACCAGGACCGGUUUUUAAAAUGAUUGAAAGUAUGGAGGUAGUUUUGUGCCUACCCAAAACAUUUGGGAUUUGGUUCUAAAGGCCAAAUUCAAUAUGAUCAAAUAUUUUUUAUAUAUAUUAUUUUGAUACAUAAAGUUCAAAAUCAAAUAUCUAAAUGAUCCAUGAUAUGACCAUCUUAAAACAAUUCCAUAUGUCAGCUCCCCUCCACUCCACCCCAACAUCUUAGACUCUCGAUCAUUUUAAAGAUGGUGUGGUUAUGGUGUCCACAGAGCAUAGAUGUGGUAAUCAAUCAAUCAAGCACAUUUAUUUUAUAAAGCCAUUUUCACAUCAGCAGUUGUCACAAAGUGCUUUACAGAUACCCAUCCAAGCAAUGAUGCAGAAGCACAGUGGAAAAACUUUUUAUUUUUUAAAUUUCUUUCUUUGAUAUUUGUAUCUUUUUAAUGUUUUCGUUAUUUAUUUAUUUUUCUUUUUUUUUUUCUCUUUUUUUGGGGGAAUGGAUCAGCUUAAUAUUGCAGAUUGUAUCUUCUAUCAAUGUAAUUGCCUGGUCUGCAGAGUGGAAAAACUUGCUUGGAAGGCAGGAACUUAGGAUGAAACCUAAAGAGCAACCAGGCUCCGAGGGGUGGCCAGUCUUCUUCUGGCUGUACCGGGUGGUUAUGGUAAUGCUGUGUCUCUGUGUGACCACAGGUAAUGCACUGCUCCCGGACUUCUUCCUGGAUGAGGCUGAGUCUCUGGUGCAGAACAUGGGGGAUCAGGUUGUCAUCCCAGUGGUAAAGGGUGACAAACCCAGCGCUGCGUGGGCCACCAGUGGACCCAUAGCGGAAACAUUCAAUAUCAUCAAGGGAGUCCUCAACCCUGACAUUGUGAAAUCCACUGGAGGAGUCUACAAGUUCGACCUGUCUGGUAAGAAACUUAUUUUCAGCGUCGUAUGAAUGUUGUUUGUAAUGGUGAACAUAUAGUGAAUAUACUCACCGGACAGUUUAUUAGGUACACACAUCCAGUACCGGGUCAGACCCCUCUUUGUCUCCAGAACAGCCUGAAUUCUUCGGGGAAUGGAUUGUACAAGAUGUCGGAAACGUUCCACAGGGAUGUUGGUCCAUGCUGACACGAUGGCAUCAGGCAGUUGCUGCAGAUUGGACGGCGGUACAUUCAUGCUGCGAACAGCCCGUUCCAUGUCAUCCCAAAGAUACUCGAUUGGGUUGAGGUCUGGGGACUGUGCAGGCCACUCAAGUAAACUGAACUCGCUGUCAUGUUCCAGGUGAUGAUAGGAGUGGAACCCGGUGUGGUCGUCUGCUGCAAUAGCCCGUCCGUGACAAGGACCGACGAGUUGUGCGUUCCGAAAUGCCGUUCUGCACACCACUGUUGUACUGUGCCGUUAUUUGUCUGUUUGUGGGCCGCCUGUUAGCUUGCAUGAUUCUUGCCAUUCUCCUUCGACCUCUCUCAUCAACCAGCUGUUUUCGCCCACAGGACUGCCGCUGACCGGGUGUUUUUUGUUUGUCGCACCAUUCUCGGUAAACCCUAGAAACUGUCUUGCGUGAAAAGCCCAGGAGGGCGGCCGUUUCUGAGAUACUGGAUUCAGCACCUGGCACAGAUCACACCAAGCUCAAAGUAACUUAUAGUGUAUUCGGAAAGUAUUCAGACCCCUUGACUUUUUCCACAUUUUGUUACGUUACAGCCUUAUUCUAAAAUGGAUUAAAUCGUUUUUUCCCCUCAUCAAUCUACACACAAUACCCCAUAAUGACAAAGCAACGUUUUUGCUAAUUUAUUAAAUAUAAAAAACUGAAAUAUCACAUUAACAUAAGUAUUCAGACCUUUUACUCAGUACUUUGUUGAAGCACCUUUGGCAGCGAUUACAGCCUCAGGUCUUCUUGGGUAUGACGCUACAAGCUUGGCACACCUGUAUCUGGGGAGUCUGUGCAGCAAAACAGUCCUGUAGCUUAACAUCUGCUUCAUCUGACCACUUUUUUUAUUAACCGAGUCACUGGUGCUUCCUGCUUUAGUUUUUGCUUAUAAGCAGGAAUCAGGAGGAUAUAAUUAUGGUCAGAUUUGCCAAAUGGAGGGUGAGGGAGAGCUUUGUACGCAUCUCUGUGUGUGGAGUAAAGGUGGUCUAGAGUUCUUUUUCCCUCUGGUUGCACAUUUAACAAUUAGGAUUUAAGUUCCCCUGCAUUAAAGUCCCCGGCCACUAGGAGCGCUGCCUCUGUAUGAGCGUUUUCCUGUUUGCACUCAAUGAGCUGUAUAAGGCCAUAAGCAAUCUUAGUGGUGGUAAAUAGACAGCUAUGAAAAAUGUUAUGCACCAGCUGUUGUUUACAAAUAUACACAGACCGCCACCCCUUGUCUUACCGGAGUCAGCCGUUCUAUCCUGCCGAUGUAGCGUAUAGACCGCUAGCUGUAUGUUAUCCAUGUCGUCGUUCAGCCACGACUCGGUGAAACAUAAAAUAUUACAGUUUUUAAUGUCCCGUUGGUAGGAUAUCCGUAAUCUUAAGUCGUCCAAUUUGUUUUCAAAUGAUUGAACGUUGGCUAAUAGGAUUGAUGGAAGAGGCAGCUUGCUCGCUCGCCGUCGGAUCCUUACAAGGCACCACGACCUACGUCCACGAUAUCUCUUUCUCCUGCGAAUGACGGGGAUUUGGGCCUUGUCGGGUGUCUGUAGAAUAUACUUCGCAUCCGACUCGUUGAAGAAAAAAAUAUUCGUCCAAUAUGAGGUGAGUAAUCGCUGUCCUGAUAUCCAGACGAGACGGUGGCAGAAACAUUAUGUACAAAAUAAAUUACAAAUAAUGUGAAAAAACACAUAUUAGCACAAUUGGUUAGAGGGCUGUAAAAACGGCAGCCAUCUCCUCCGGCACCAUUCAGACUAGAGAAUCUUGUUUCUCAUGGUCUGAGUCCUUUAGGGGCCUUUUGGCAAACUCCAAGCGGGCUGUCAUGUACCUUUUAUAAUAAUAAUAUGCCAUUUAGCAGACGCUUUUAUCCAAAGCGACUUACAGUCAUGCGUGCAUACAUUUUUGUGUAUGGGUGGUCCCGGGGAUCGAACCCACUACCUUGGCGUUACAAGCACCGUGCUCUACCAGUUGUCUGGCUACUCUACCAUAAAGGCCUGAUUGGUGAAGUGCUGCAGAGAUGGUUGUCAUUCUGGAAGGUUCUCCCAUCUCCACAGAGGAACUGUAGAGCUCUGUCGGAAUGACCAUCGGGUUCUUGGUCACCUCCCUGACCAAGGCCCUUCUCCCCCGAUUGCUCAGUUUGGCUGGGCGGCCAGCUCUAGGAAGAGUCUUGGUGGUUGCAAACUUCUUCCAUUUAAAGAAUGAUGGAGGCCACUGUUCUUGGGGACCUUCAAUGCUGCAGACAUUUUCUGGUACCCUUCCCCAGAUCUGUGCUUCAACACAAUCCUGUCUCCGAGCUCUACGGACAAUUCCUUCGACCUCAUGGCUUGGGUUUUGCUCUGACAUGCACUGUCAACUGUGGGACCUUAUAGACAGGUGUGUGCCUUUCCAAAUCUAAAAUAUCUAAUAGAACUCAAAGGGUUUUCUUUAAUGGAAGCUUCUCUAAUGUCAAACGUACAGUGUGGUGUACCGCAGGGCAGCUCUCUAGGCCCUCUACUUUUCUAUUUUUACCAAUGACCUGCCACUGGCAUUAAACAAUGCAUGUGUGUCCAUGUAUGCUGAUGAUUCAACCAUAUACGUAUCAGCAACCACAGCUAAUUAAGUCACUUAACAGAGUUAUAGUCUGUUUGGAAUGGGUGGCCAGUAAUAAACUGGUCCUGAACAUCUCUAAAACUAAGAGCAUUGUAUUUGGUACAAAUCAUUCUGUAAUUUCUAGACCUCAGCUGAAUCUGGUAAUGAAUGGUGUGGCUGUUGAACAAGUUGAGGAGACUAAAUUACUUGGUGUUACCUUAGAUUGUAAACUAUCAUGGUCAAAACAUAUAGAUUCAAUGGUUGUAAAGAGGUCUGUCCAUAAUAAAGAGAUGCUCUCCUUUUUUGACACCACACUCCACAAAGCAAGUCCUGCAGACUCUAGUUUAGUCUGAUCUUGAUUAUUCUCCAGUCGUGUGAUCCAAUGCUGCAAGGAUAGACCUAGUUAAGCUGCGAUUGGCCCAGAACAGAGCGGCACGUCUUGCUCUUCAUUGUAAUCAGAGGGCUGAUGUAAAUACUAUGCAUGCCAGUCUCUCUUGGCUAAGAGUUGAGGAGAGACUGACUGCAUCACUUAUUGUUUUUAUAAGAAACAUUGUGUUGAAAAUUCAAAAUUGUUUGCAUUGUCAACUUACACACAGCACUGACUCACACAUGUACCCCACCAGACAUGCCACCAGGGGUAUUUUCACAGUCCCCAGGUCCAGAACAAAUUCAAGGAAACGUACAGUAUUAUACAGACCCAUGAGUGCAUGGAACUCCCUUCCGUCUUAUAUAGCGCAAGUGAACAGCAAACCUGGUUUCAAAAAACAAAUAAAGCAACACCUCACGGCACCACGCCUCUCCCCCAUGUGACCUACUUGUUGCGUGUAUGUACUGACAUGUAUGUGGAACUGAUAGAUGCACACAUCUGUUGCUAAUGGGGAUUUUAAUCAAAUCAAUUCACAGUAUAAAAUAAGACAAAAUGCAUUUUAAAAUGUAAGCUACUGUGUGACUCUCAUGCAGGCACAACUGCUAGCAUGAAAAACCCACAUUUUCAAUUGGCAAGAAAUUGCAUAUUUCAUGGGCAUUAAUUAGUAUUUGGUGCAUAUCAGCACAUGCAUCUCUUAACGUAUCUGAGCAUGUACUCAAAAUAUUAAAUGUGUUUAUCUGAUAGUCGCCUCCACACAAGUUAUUUUUUUUGCAGCUUUGAAAUUGGCCAGUAGUGGGAACUUACACAGAACUGUCAAUAACGUAAUAAUAAAACAUCUGAUUGGCUUAGAAUAAAAACUGUUAUGGAUGUAAUAACCACAUGAACUGGUUGAAACAUUCAAACAGCAGAAAAUGUUUAUUUUUUUACUUGUUUGAAUCCAAAGAUGGAAGUGGGCUUAAUGGGUAGCUACGUGGCCGUAAUGGGUACGUGGCCGUAAUGGGAACGUGGGCGUAAUGGGAACGUGGGCGUAAGGGUACGUGGCCGUAAUGGGAACGUGGGCGUAAUGGGAACGUGGGCGUAAGGGUACGUGGCCGUAAUGGGAACGUGGGCGUAAUGGGUACGUGGCCGUAAUGGGAACGUGGCCGUAAUGGGUACGUGGCCGUAAUGGGAACGUGGCCGUAAUGGGAACGUGGGCGUAAUGGGAACGUGGCCGUAAUGGGAACUUACUCUACUCCCUUGUUUCAUUACACUUGGGGGAGAAUGCAGGCUACUCUGAAAGUCAUUAAUGUUUUGUGUUGAUGGACUGUCAGUGGGCUCCAUUUUGUUGGUGUGAAGGGGGAGUCUAUAGUAGCGUGUGUCUGUGUGUUCCAGGUGAGCAUGCAGGAGUAUGGUUCAUUGACAUGAAGAACGCAGGGGGCAGUGCAGGUAGCGGAGAGCCCCCAGUCAAAGCCGACGUGGUCAUGACCAUGGACAGUGCUGACUUCACCAAGAUGUUUGCAGGUUAGUGACUGACUGGAUAGCUGGGUCGCGUUCAUUAGGCACGAAACGGAUGAAAACAGAACUGAAACGGGGAGGGAAUACCUGCCAGUACCUGGAUCGUAUUCACCAUAGCAAACCAUUUUGCAACAUGUGGUUCCUAGUGUAUAUGACUCUUCUGUUUUCUGUUGGCCUGAUGAACACGACCCUGUUUGCUUUUCUCAUUAAUUAUUUCUUUGCCACUAUAGUUCUCUCAGUAGUGAUACACAUUGUGCUGCUUUCUUCAUGUUGUGGUGCUCUCUCUCAUUAGUAACAUGUUGUGGUGCUCUCUCUCAUUAGUAACAUGUUGUGGUGCUCUCUCUCAUUAGUAACAUGUUGUGGUGCUCUCUCAUUAGUAACAUGUUGUGGUGCUCUCUCUCACUAGUAACAUGUUGUGGUGCUCUCCCUCCAGGCAAACUAAAGCCCACCAUGGCCUUCAUGUCAGGGAAGCUGAGGAUUAAAGGAGACAUGACUCUGGCUAUCAAGAUGGAGAAGAUGAUGUCCAUGAUGAAGAAAUCUAAACUCUAAAUUAUAACUGUGAGAAUGGCUGUGUCUGAAAGGGCACCCUAUUCACUAAUUUGGUGCCUUCAAGACAACUGGGAACUCAACAAAAAUCAUAUCAGACUGUUUAAAAUCCUGAUGGUGAGAUCUUCAGGUCAGAGAAUUCGGAGCUCUGGGAUGAUGCCCAAAGUUGGAUGAUCUAAAGAUUAUUUUCCCAGUCGGAGCUGUUUUUUUUUCCAGAGUUCCCAGUUGUCUUGAACGCACUGAAUUCGGACGUUGUAGAUGUCCAAGUUCCGAGUUGUCUAAAAUAGUGCACUAUAGAGGGAAUAGUGUGCCAUUGGGACAUACCCAGAAUGUCUAAUGAAUGUGCAGUUUUCUUCCUCUAAAUGGGUGUAAUAAAGAAUGAACUGUCCACCUCCUUUUCUAACAUGCGGUUUCUAAUAAACCAGUUGCUCUAAUUGUA